CCUCUCGUCCCCUCCGCCGAACAUAUACGCCCCACAGAUCCCCUUGAAUUAUAGCCUUUCCUCCCUCUCCUCCACAAUCGAAUGUACGCAACAACCCUGCGGCGAUUUAGGCGGCAGAUGCGACUGCACUGCGGAACAUCUCGGUGGUAUGCUCUUGAGCGGCAACAUCAACCAGGGCAACUAGACCAAGACUUAAAUUCAUGGGACAAAGUCCUCAGAUUCUUCGGUUUCGAAAGCAAGAAGGGAAGAGAGCCUGAUCAUGUCGUGUACCUGCUGCCCGAAUGGGAUUAUUACAGGAGAGUGAGGACAUUGAAACACUUGCUCCAUAAAAUGUGGGGAGAGUGGCCUUUGGGGUUAAUUGCCAUUAUUGUGCGCAGUGUAUUUGGAGGGUUGGCUUUGCUUUACGGUAUGUACAAGUUCACGAUGUUGGUUUACAGAUCGCCACCGCAACGAGAAACAUUGACGACGAAGAGGGUAAGUGGACGAAAGGGGGAGACUCCUUGACGUCGAGGGAGAGGAGGAGA